CCACAGUUAUUGUAAAGCAACUAACGUGCAGCGAGAGAGAUGAGGGCGGUAGUUGACCCCAUGGAUUUAUAGGCAUCAAUGGCCGAUCCCGAUUCCUUCCUCCACCUCCUGCAGAUGCCUUCAUCAUCUCGAUGAGCGCCAUCGUCUAAUUGACUCUGACCUACCACCCUCCCGCGCGCGCCACCGCCGCAUCGCCAUUACUCUCUCUCCAUCCAUUGCAUUAUUCCUUGUGAAGCAUAUAGGCACGCCGGCCAUGGGUAGCUGCGUGAGCAAGAAGGCCGCCCGCGCCGGUGCUGGAGCCAAGGUGGCGGCACCGCUCCUGCCAGAGAAGGACAAUGCCCUGCCGCCGCCCGUGGUGGUGGUUGAGGAAGAGGUCAAAGAGGUGCUGCCAGAGACGGCAGUGCAGCGGCCAAGGCCGCCGGAGCCGGAGCCGGAACCGGAGCACGAGAAGGUGAAGAGGAUCCAAGAACACGAAGAAGGCGAGGCAUCCGAUACCGUGUCGGUGGGGUCCUCCUCUGUGGUGGACAAGCCGAUGGUCAAGUCCGGAAGCGAGCAGGAGGUGGAGAAGAGGACGCUGGACGUGCCGGAGAAGGAGAAGGCUAAAAUGAAGAAGGCACCGGAUCAGAGGAAUCCCAAUGACGUCACCAACGGGAGGGCGAGGUCGCCGUCUCCUGCGUCGAAGCAGAGGAGGCAGUCGGGGGUAGCUGUUGUCGAGCAGCCGGUGGCGGCGCGGCCGCGGCGCGAGCAGCCCGCGGUGGUGUCCGGCAUCGGGUGCCGGAGCGGCAGGUUCUCCCCUUCCGCGGCGAGGAGGGCCGCCGAGAGCGCUGUCAGGCGGACCUACUCCGCCAGGGAGGCCGACAUGGCGCUGCCGUCGUCGACUGCCAAGCGAUCGCUCAACGCGAGCAUCACCGGCGUCAGGAGGGAUCCCGGGGAGCGCUCAGGCAGGAGGCCGGACUCCCCGGCUCGGCGCACACCUUCUUCUCCUGCUGCGAACGGCACCAUCAGCCGCCAAUCCAGCGCCACGCGUAAGGUGCCCAAGGAGAAUACCAGUCCGGAGCAACCCAAGCGACAAUGUAGCCGCGCACGGCCCACAGAGGAGAUCGGACUUGGAGACGAACACGACGAGGCGCCACUGGCAGGAAAAGGGCACAAGGAGGCGGCGGAGAACCCCUCGGUGGCCAUGGAGUGCUUCAUCUUCCUCUAGCGCUCUUUCCAUUGAUUCCUUGAUGUUCCUUUUCUUUCACUCACUGUGCCACUCUCGUUAGUUGUUGUAUAAUUUCUUGGUCGCAAUCUCUUUUUUACCAUAGAUUUGAAGUUUCCCACCACGGUCGCUAUCCCGCCGUCGUUAUCAGUUAUCACGGCUGCCGACCGCGUGGCAAUGCGGUGGGAUAGUGUUGUCAUCAAUCCAUAAUCUCACUACUACAUUGUUGGCAAAUCAGAGAUGUUACUGCUCAAGAUCCGAUGAGGAAAGCUUUGCACUUCUCUUGUC